UCGCAUGCGUUUACAUGCGCUUUUGUCAUUGCGGUUCUGCCUUUUGCGUUUCUGUGUGUUUCUUGAAAAGGAAAGAGAACGCAAUGGAGACCGUUCGAUCAUGUGGUUGCAAAGGGAUACGUUCUUGCUUGAUUUGCGAGACUGAAUACGAAUUUUCAAAACCGGAUCUAAAGAACGAGUUACAGAAAAACAAAAGUUAUGUUUAUUGUCCACACUGUAAUAAAUUAUCACCUGGAUGGGAUAUAGACGAAUACAAAAAACAUCCUAAUCAUGAUGGAAACUUGAUUGAUUAUCCUGGUGUUUAUAUCAAGCUAGAUUUCUUAAAGGAAGAUGAAGCCAAAGAGCUCAUGAAAGCUCUUGAUGAUCUUCCUUGGCAACCUUCACAAAGUGGUAGAAGAAAACAGAAUUUUGGACCAAAGUGUAACUUCAAAAAACGAAAAUUGCAAUUAGGAUCAUUUAAUGGUUUUCCCAAAACAACGCAAAUUGUACAAAGGAAAUUUGAAGAAAUACCAUUGUUAUAUGGUUUUAAAACUGUCGAACAGUGUACGCUUGAAUAUAAUCCUGAACGUGGUGCCUCUAUAGAUCCCCAUGUAGAUGAUUGCUGGAUUUGGGGAGAACGUAUAAUAACUGUAAACGUUCUCGGUGAUUCUGUUUUAACUAUGACUCCUUAUCGUGAUUCGCUAACGCGAUACAAUUUAGACUUCGUUUCAAGUUAUGAUUCCAUCCUAGAGAAAGACAUAUGUGGUGAUACACAAUCUUUGGAUAUUGAUAACAUGGUAGUACGUUUGCCAAUGCCCGCUAGAUCACUCAUGGUUUUAUAUGGCCCAGCAAGGUACAAUAUCCAACUAGACAAAAGUAUAUUGUUAUUAUUAUAUACAUGGCUUUUAUUUGAUAGAUACAAAUGGGAGCAUGCUGUCCUUCGACAGGACGUCACAUCGAGACGCGUCUGCCUCGCAUACCGUGAACUAACACCUCCGUAUCUCAAAAAUGGACAAUAUCAAGAUGAAGCUUCUGAAAUUUUGAAGCAAGCUUCACUCUUCUGGUAAUAUUAAUAAGUAAAUUUAAAUUAUUGCAUUUAUUUAUA